AUGGCCACCGAACUCACCACUGGCACCCCUCUGGCGGAUGCCCUCAACAAUGCCAUCCAGGAGAAAAUAGUUGAGGUGGGCUGGGCGGGCAAUACCACCGAAGCCGCCCCUAUGGCCGAGUACCUCGUCCUCAUGCUGGCCAACGGCAAAACACAGGAUGAAGUCGCCGCGGAGAUUUCUGGCGACCUUCUCAGUCUGGGACCUGACGACCCGACCGCAUUGCACUUCGCUCAGUGGCUCUUUGAGCAACAAAAUGCCCUCAUUCCACAGUACAGCUCCGCGCCUGAACCCGUAGCCGACGAGCAGGGUGCGAUGGAUACGGCACAAGACAAUUCAAUGGGCGACUUCAACAUGGACGUCACAACAGACGGCUCUGGCAAUGAGCUUAACGCUCCUACUGGACCCAAGGCUAUGCGGAACGGAAGCGGCAACGGCAUGCGUGGUGGACGGGAAAAGCGUAUUAUGGGCCAGAUCAACCGUGCUAUGGACAGGACUCACGAUCCCAACGCCGCUCUGCAUCGCGUUCGCGGCCAGUCUGGAAACGAGAGGAUAGCGCGAGGCCCUCCUACAGGCCCGAGAAUGGGCGUUGGAAGACAGCCACGCACGACGAACACACGUGUCGCCAGCAUCGCGCAAGGAUUGGCGAACAUGGGCGGCCCUGCCGGCCCUGGUGGUAUGGGCCCGAUGAACCCGAUGAACGGCAUGAAUGGUAUGGGUGGAUUUGGCCAGCCGGACAUCAUGGCGAUUAUGGAGCAGCAAAGGCACAUGUUGCAACAGAUGCAGAUGAUGAUGCAACAAAGUGGUGUUGCUCCCAACGGUCACGGCCCCCAUGGACAUGGUCGGGGUCACGGACGGCCGCUAUAUGAGCGCACUAGCCGGCCAAACUUCCGCCGUGGUGGAGGAUUUCAACCUGGCGGUCACCAACACUCGCAGGGCUCGGAUGCCGGUCAAGGCGACGCUGCUCAACAAGGCCAGCAGGCCGGUGAAGAUGUCGAUAUGAUGCAACCGAAGCGCGAGCCCCCCAAUCCCGAAGAGACGGUCUGCAAAUUCAACCUUCGCUGUUCCAACCGGGAUUGCAAGUUCGCCCACCAGUCUCCGGCGGCGCCGCCCAACAUCCCAAUCGACGUGAAGGACGUCUGCAGCUUCGGAGCGGCUUGCAAGAACCGGAAGUGUGUCGGCCGUCACCCAUCGCCGGCGAUCAAGGCGGCGCAUCAGAGUGAAAUGGACUGCAAGUUCUUCCCCAACUGCACCAACCCUCACUGCCCAUUCAAGCACCCUAGCAUGCCCCCCUGCCGAAACGGCGGCGAAUGCAAGGUGCCCGGAUGCAAGUUCACCCACGUCAAGACGCCUUGCAAAUUUCACCCGUGCACCAAUCGAUUCUGCCCUUUCUCGCAUGAGGAGGGUCAACGCGGUACAUUCCAGGAUAAGGUCUGGGUAGCCGGCGAAGGAGGCGAGCAACAGCACGUCAGCGAAAGGAAGUUUGUGGAUGAGAACGCCCCAGAAGACGUAGUCUUGCCUGGAUCCGAGGACCAGCAAGCGGACGCCAACAUGCCUGAGGUUGUCGUCACUUCCUGCAUGGGUGAGUGUGUCUCGAUUCUACGUGACCACGAAGGCCUUAAGUUUCUCAUGAUGUACAGUACCAGUCAGCGCAGUCUGGCGCGCAACACGCGACGUUGCGUCAGCAGCAAGUGGGCGCAACCAGCAACCCUAUCGCCUUCACGGCUCGCGAGCACUUGUGCUUUUGGCUCCGCCGUAACCACCAGCAAGAGGCACAAUGCAACCUCCUCCGCCCUCGCCGCCACCGGCAAGACCCGAUCCUACUCGACGUCGGUAACGACGCCAACAACAGAGGUCCCGAGGGAUAUCGCGAUCCUGGGAGGUGGUCUGACCGGCUUGGCCACGGCCUUCUUCACUCACAUCUACAACCCCGAUGCACGCAUCACGGUCUAUGAGGCGUCUAACAGGCUCGGCGGAUGGAUUGACACAGAGGAGGUCACGGUCAAAACCCCGUCAGGCGAAACCGGCAAGGUCCUGUUCCAGCGCGGUGGCCGCAUGCUCAAGACCAUGAACGACAAGGCCAGGUACGAUGAUUUGGUCUUCUGGAAGUUAGUGAGCGCACUCGAGCUGGAAAACGAACUUCAAGUUAGGAGCAAAGACGAGCCUUUGGGCAACUACAUCUAUUACCCCGAUCAUCUUGUCGCCAUGCCGCAGCCCAUCUUUGACCAGAAUCGACCCCUCGAUUCUGCAGAUUCAAUCCUUAAAACGGUGGAAACACUCUUAAAAGAGCCCAUUUUUAAGGGUGCAGUUCCGGCCGCUAUGAAAUACUUUUUCAGGGGCGGGCGCAAAUUGACGCUCAAAGACGGAGAAGAUCUAUCGGUCGGCGAGUUCUUCGGGCGCGCUACGGGAAAUCGUGAGCUGAUCGACAACACCCUCGGCGCUUUGAUGCACGGCGUAUGGGGCGGCGAUAUAUGGAAUCUCAGUAUGCAGAGCGGCCUGUUCUCCAAGACGACAUUACCGAGCCCCGAAAAGGGUAAAAUCUGGUAUCCAAGGGAGGAUAUAGAGUUGAUGGAAAGGAUGUUAAGGUACCAUACCAACGUCAGCCAUAUGCUCCGCAUUUUCAUGGCCAAGGGAGAGAGCUCUGAAUAUAUCUGGUUCAAGAAGGGCUUUAGCACCCUGACGGACGCGCUCAUACGGUUCUUGAAGCAUACAGGGGUCACUUUCAAGCUCAACGAUCCUGUGCAAUCUAUCUCUCUUCACCCGUCAGAAAGGAUAGCGAUCAAAUCCACCAAAACUGUUCAAAACGUCCUAUACGACAAAGUCGUGUCAACAAUCUACGCAAAGACACUAGCCGGGCUCACCGUCAACAAGCUCCCCUCCCUAGCCCGCUCGACCGCCGUCACGAUCCGAGUCGUCAACAUCUGGUACCCAACCCCCAACCUCAACGCACCAUUCAAUGGUAUCGGCUAUCUUAUCCCCUCGACCACGCCCCACAACGAGGAGGGUGUCCUCGGCGUGCUCUUCGACUCGGACCGUGAGCACCGCGGCCGCAACUACGGCGGCGACACCGUCCCCGGCACCAAGUUCACCGUCAUGAUGGGCGGCCACUACUGGGACGCCGAGCCCUCCUACAUGUACGACGAGAACAAGUGCAUCGCCAUGGCCAAGGCCGCGGUGGAGCGCCACCUGCAGAUCCCCGAGGACGACGCGGCCGGCGCCGUGGCCACCACCAAGCUCUGCCACAACUGCAUCCCGCAGCACACGGUCGGCCACCGCGAGCGCAUGGUGAACGCGCACCACGAGCUGCUGCGGGCCUUCAAGGGCAACCUGGCCGUGGUGGGCGGCUCGUACCAGACGCCCGGCAUCAACAGCGCGCUGCGCGGCGCUGCGGACAUUGCGUUCGAGAUAACGGGCGGGUUCUGGGGCAAAUAUACCGGAGAGACGGUUGGGAAGACGGGCCUGCAGCGAUUUACCAGACCGAUGUCGGAGUCUUGGAAGCAGGCGGAGAAGGGGGACAAGGAAGUGUUCCCGUUGAGGUUUGGGAACACUCCCCUUUCGGAAUACUAUGAAGAGGAAAGGGAUCGUUAG